UGCUGGAUGUUUGAGAAAUGGGGUGAAUUAAAACCGUCCCUGCCCUCGGGGAGUUCAGGGGACGUUAGGGGUACUCGGACUCAUGCGCCACAAUGUCAUCCUACCUGGUAAAGAAGUUGCCUAACCUUUGGGACCCUUUAAGACGGCUGGGAGGCUUCCCCAGGAGACGAUAACAGCUUGUGUUUCUGCUGAUGGAAAGAAUCCAGUAGAGAGGAAGAGGCUGAGGAUGCAGGAGAGAAGCCGGCGGUGUGAGGAGUUGGCGUGACCCCACCAGAUGUGACUGCCAGGACAGAAUGGUGCUGGACUCAGGGACGCAGGUGUAUGAGCAGGCACCGCCCAGUCUGCCAACCAGUCCCUCGUCCCUGGGCCGUAGACUGAAGCCCGCAGAUCGCGAUGGGACUCCGCUGUAUUCCUGGCCUCGGUCCCUGGCCUUGCCUCUGGCCCUGUCCGUCCCCUCCGGCCUGCAUCACGAGUCUGAGCCGCAGCCCUUCUCAGAGCUGCGCGUGGCCCGCCGUAGUCACAUGCAUCGCAGCGAGAGCUCCUGCACGAUAAACAGUACCGGCCACCGGGGCCGCGGCAGCCAUGGUCAGGCCCCACCUAAACGGGGACUGGAUCCAGGUGGGGGUACCCUGCGGCCCGCAUCCUCCUUGCCUCACAUUGCUAAGACUCGAAAGGAAGCCAGCAAGAGCGGGACCAGCAAGAGCCCCUGCAUGUUGGUGGCCUUGCGGCCAACCAACAUGGACGAUGAGCGGCUCAAGUUCUUCCAGUCCCAUUACACCUAUAACCCACAGUUCAAGUACCAGGAGCCCUUGCCCACGGCCGUGCUGGAGAAAUACUGUGCUGCGUCUGGACAGUUCAUCCACCAGGCAGUUGGCAUCAUUGAGGCCGUCCUGGAGAAGUUUGGCACCUAUGAACAAUUUGAGGCUGUCACCGGGGGCCAGCUGCUGACCAAGUGCCAGAUCUGGUCCAUCGCACGCAAAUACAUGCAGAAGGAAGGCUGCGCCGGAGAGGUGGUGGUGCAGCUGAGUGAGGACCUGCUGUCCCAGGCCGUGAUGAUGGUGGAGAAUAGCCGACCCACACUGGCCAUCAACCUCAGCGGAGCCCGCCAGUACUGGUUGGAAGGCAUGCUUCGGCAUGAGAUAGGCACACACUACCUGCGGGGCGUGAACAACGCGCGGCAGCCGUGGCGCAGCGCUGAGGGCCGGCUGCAGUACGGGCUGCGGCCCGCCAACCCCACGGAGGAGGGCCUGGCCAGCCUGCACAGCGUGCUGUUCCGCAAGCACCCGUUCCUGUGGCGCGCCGCGCUGCUCUACUACACCAUCCACCGCGCCGCUGCCAUGUCUUUCCGCCAACUCUUCCACGACCUGGCGCGCUACGUGCAGGACGCCGACGUGCGCUGGGAAUACUGCGUGCGUGCCAAGCGCGGCCAGACGGACACCUCGCAGCCCGGCUGCUUCAGCAAGGACCAGGUGUACCUGGAUGGCAUCGUGCGCAUUCUGAGACACCGCCAGACCAUCGACUUCCCAAUGCUGACCUCGCUGGGCAAGGUGUCCUAUGAGGAUAUAGACCACCUGCGGCCCCAUGGGGUGCUGGAAAAGACCCGGGUGCCCCACUUCAUGCAGGACUUGGCGCGCUACCGGCAGCAGCUGGAGCACAUCAUGGCCACUAACCGGCUGGACGAGGCAGAGCUGGGCCGUCUGCUGCCUGACUGAGGCCUGGGGAGGCCCCGGACCUGGGGCCCUCAGGCCCGUCCAGAACAUGACAGCUACGUGCUUCCACGGCCUGGGUGUUUCUCGGGGGACUUGGAAGGGCAGGAGCACCCAGGAAGGAGGAGGAGCAGCAACCUCAGGGGCUCUGUGUCCCCCCCCCCAGCCUCCUGGAAGCCCCCCGGCAGCAGCGCAGGCUGCCCUCCCUCCUGCCUCCUGCCUCCUGCGCACUGGAGGAGGCAGAAGCUGCAUGGAUGGGGGCAGGGGUGGGAGUAGAAACUUGUCCUUGCAUGAUGUGCCCUUGGCCAUCUCCUCUUCAUUCCAUGUCCCCUCCCUUCCCCCACCCGGCCCCUUGGUGCUCCUCCAGCUUUCACGCUGUCUACCUCUCACUGGGUCCUGUGGAGGUGGGAGGGGAGUGUCCCUUCUCCUGGGUGGUUGCCUGAGACAGCGGUGCUGGCUGUCACAGGGAGCAAGGGCAGGGUCUAAGCUGGGCUGUGCAUUCCAGCAGUUCUCUCCUGCCCCUGCUCGUGCAUCUGUCCCCGCUUCCAUGCCCCAGCCCCUCUGGUCUGGUAGAGGGAGCAGGUCCCCUCUCUAAGCCAGUCUGCUCCAGGCCCGACUCUCACCCAUCUUUCCCCCUCAACUCCCUUUUGCCUCACCUCUUCCUCGCCCCGCUCCCUCUCUUGCACUCUUACACACACACACAUAAACACACACCCGCGAGUCCUUUCCACCCUGUGAGUCCUUGCCCGCCUGACCCCGCACCCCUGCAGUGGCCUCUCUGCUCCUGUCUUGGCUCAGGCCCUCUGACUGGUGGGCAUGGGGCGGCAGUAGCCACAGUCCGCCUGAAGGGCAGGGCCCUUCUCUCUCCAGGUCCCAAGUUUAUCCCUCUAAGACAGGAGGGGUAGAGAUGGGUGACAUGUCCUGUCCACCAACUCAGAUGUGUGUCUUGGCCGAAUCCUGUUCCCACCCCGGGCCCAAAACCAGAAACAGAAACACGGCUGGAAAGUCCUUACUCAUUUAGCAAAUAUGUAUGUACCAGUUAGAACCCUCCCUGAGCUCCGUUCCAAGAGAAGCCAGUCAAUUAAAAUAGGUUACAGUUA